CGUGCGUCUGUUAUGAAACUUGACUUGUGCACGUGUUUUUGCGGUAAAUGUUUAGGGUUAAAGAAGUGAAAAGGUUUUCAGUGAUGAUGAGCGAGAAGAAAAUGAGCCUGAAGCGGAAAGGAGAGCUGAGGAAAGGCCCGGAGAAGAGAGGAGGAGGAGUUGGAGGAGCGGGCUGGCUGCAGGAGAAAGUGCUGGAGAUCCGGAGAAACUCUGCUGAGUGUAAAUUCAACCCAAAGCGUCUCCGGUUUCUGUCUGACGCCCAGAGAGUGAGACAGGGCUGCGGGGCCGUGCUGUACUGGAUGGUCCGGGAUCAGCGAGUGCAGGAUAACUGGGCGCUGGUUUACGCUCAGCAGCUCGCUCGGGAAGAGAAUUUGCCUCUACUUGUGUGUUUCUGCCUCGUGCCACGUUAUUUAGAGUCAACGUAUCGCCAGUACGCCUUCAUGCUCAGGGGACUGCAGGAAGUGGCCAAGGAGUGUACAAGUCUGGACAUUCAGUUCCACCUCCUGAGCGGCGAACCCGAGCUGACGCUACCCGGUUUUGUGAAACACUGGGACAUUGGCGCCGUCGUGACUGAUUUUAACCCUCUCAGACUUCCACGGCAGUGGACUGAACGUGUUAAAAAUGAGCUUCCAUCCGACAUUGCCUUCAUCCAGGUCGAUGCCCAUAACGUGGUGCCAUGCUGGGAGGCAUCGAAUAAACUGGAGUACGCAGCGAGAACCAUCCGAGGGAAAAUCACCAAACUCCUCCCAGAGUUCCUCACAGAGUUUCCUCCAGUGGACGCACACCCUCACCCGUCCACCAAAACGGCCAAGAAGGUGGAUUGGGAGGAAGUGAUGUCAUCCCUGGAGGUAGACCGCAGUGUUGGGGAGGUUUUGUGGGCGCAGCCGGGAACAGCGGGAGGCGUCGCCACGCUUGAGUCGUUUAUAGACCAGCGGCUGCGUCUUUUUGCCACCGAGAGGAACAACCCGAACGCCUCUGCGCUCAGCCAGCUCUCACCGUGGAUCCACUCAGGUCAGUUAUCAGCUCAGCGUGUGCUGUUGGAGGUGCAGCGUUGGGGGAAACGCUCUGCCGAGUCCGUGUCCUCCUUCACCGAGGAGCUGUUGGUGCGCAGAGAGCUGUCCGAUAACUUCUGCUUCUACAACGACAACUACGACAACAUCAACGGUGCGUAUGACUGGGCAAAGAAGACGCUGCAGGAUCAUGCUAAAGACGCCCGGCCUUACCUGUACACACGAGAGCAACUGGAGAACGCAGACACGCAUGACCAGCUAUGGAACGCUGCACAGAGGCAGCUGGUGUUGGAGGGGAAGAUGCACGGGUUCAUGCGCAUGUACUGGGCUAAGAAGAUCCUGGAGUGGACGGCUUCACCCGAGGAGGCCGUGAACAUCUCCAUCUACCUCAACGAUCGCUACUCGCUGGACGGCUGCGACCCGAGCGGAUACGUGGGCUGUAUGUGGUCCAUCUGUGGGAUUCAUGAUCAGGGCUGGUCCGAGAGGCCCGUUUUCGGUAAAGUGCGCUACAUGAACUAUGCAGGCUGCAAGCGCAAGUUCGAUGUGGGCCAGUUCGAGAGGAGGUACGCUGGGAAGAAGGCUUGAGACGUGCAGACACGCGGGUGUUUUUAUCUUUUGUAUAUCUUCAUUAGGGCUUGUCGAAGGCUUGUGUUUUGCCAGUUUGAUUCAUUUUGAGUUUUGUGUUGCUUUAAGUCUCAGCUUUCUCUUAAAACUGGCAGGGUGUGUAUACUUUGUGUGUAUAAAACCUCGUAUUGACGUUUUUGUUAAACAUCAGGAAACGGGUUUCACUUGGUUCCUUUAGAAAGAUAAAAUCUAAGUAAGUGAGAGAUGUUUGUGAGGGUUUGUCUCGCUGUAACUGGAUCAGUUUAAUUAACACAUCAAGUCGAAGUACAGAGUAACUUUCACACUGGCCGCAUUCAUGGAUUACAAAAAAUGCAUAAACCAUUCAUUUAGAGUCAUAUAAUACGUAGAUUUUAAGGAUUUUCAUGGAACAGUUGUUUCAUUUUCUUCUUCUUCAUUAGUAGGGUUGUAAAGAUGUACAGUGCCUUGCAAAAGUAUUCAUCCCCCUUGG